AUGGCUAUCACUCUCGACGACCUGCCUGACGACCUCUUGAUCUACGCCAUCGCGAUUCUCUCCGUCCCUGAUAUCUUGUUUCUCCGCCAGACUUGUACCCGGUUUAACGCACUCACAAGGCUAGAGAUCAUAUGGAUCAACGCAUUCAAAUUCAAUAUCCUCUCCAAAGAUUACCCCUGUCCCGUCGAUGACACUGAUUUCGAACAGCGCACAUGUCACGCCUACCGGCUCGCGACUCGAUGGCUCGCAGACUCUCCUCUGAUUCCCGUGAGCCAGACAAGCUUCAAUGGGUCGCCUGCACAAGAGAUAAAAUUCAUACCAGGAUGCCAAAACAAGCAGAAGUGCUCAGAGUGGUCACCCAAAGGUGAGUUAUUCGUUGGGGUGACUCUUAAUGCGGAUCCCGAGUCUGAUGUGAGCGUGGUGGUCACAUUGAGCAGGCCACAGACAAUCGUGCUCCUCCAUUUGGACGGCAACGGAAGCUUGCGCCAAAUCCAGGACAUCGACGUCGGCUUCCGCCCAGUCAGCAUGACUGGUGACAUUAUAUCCUUCAGCGACGAUGUUUCCAAGACAUUAAUAUACAACUGGAAGACAGAGGAGCGUGCCUACCUCGAAGGAGGCGACAUGCCGAAUUACCACUGCAACCAUGUCGUCUUUGCACCAAACACCGUCGUUGUCGUCUGCAUCAACACGUUUAGUGUCUACGCCAUGCCGCCCCUCCUCAGACAAAUCAACACGGCCAUCAUGACAAACUGUUUCGACUGGUUCGAUCGCACCAGUGCAACACCAACAUCCCUCCUCAUAUUCUCUGAGAUGUACAGACCCCAGACAUUAGAGCCCAAUUUGUUCCAACUGUGCUCCCUGGCCUCUGUUCCCCCAACCCUCCUCUUCGAAGGAUUAUCCCGCCAUCGCGUACUCUCACAUGUCAACAUGGUCCUUGGCAAGCGGGGUACGGUGUCACCGCCUGUAUUCCCUGGUUCGCUCAACCCCACCGCUCAAGUCCGCAUUCGCGAGCUAUGCUCAAAUGCCCCCAAAAACUGGACUGCGUUGAAUUACGAUGAAGAACUCGAGAGGAUCGCCCUUGGUUCUCGGUAUGGAGAAGUUACUAUUACUCAGUUGUAG